AUGGCUUCGCCCAAUCAAAUGUCUGAUGGGUUCAAGAUCCUCAUAGCUGGCGGGAGUCUCGUGGGUCUUGGCCUGGCCUUGUGUUUUGAGCGCGCUGGUAUCGAUUAUGAGCUUUUUGAGAAGGGAGAUUUUGCCCCGCAACUUGGGGCCUCUAUAGGACUUCAUCCGCAUACGAUAAGAAUUCUGCAGCAGUUGGGGGUGUGGAAAGACAUUGAGAAAGAGGUGGUUCCUCUACAGCACCGCAAACACUAUGCCGGCGACGGUUCGUGUUUUGAGGACUCGCAUGUGCUAGUCAACAUUGAGGAAAUUCUCAAACGUCCCAUUAUUUUCAUGGAGCGAUGUAGGGCCUUGGAAAUCCUGCAUAGCCACGUGAAAGAUAAAUCGAAGCUGCAUGCUCGAACUGCGGUCAUUGGAUAUGAGGAAAACGCACAAGGAGUUAUACUCACCACCGAAGAUGGCGACCACCACCACGGCCACAUCCUUAUUGGCGCAGAUGGAAUCCACAGCAAAGUGCGAAAGUUGAUGGCAGAUAAAAUCGAGCCAACCAACAAGACUCUCGCCAAGGAUAUCAACGAGGCCUUUACAAGUCAAUAUAGCUGCAUUUUCUCUGUCUCUCGUAACGACCCCGAAAACCAAUUCCUGCCUAAUGCGAUGGUCCACAACGUGUACUACGACGAUUACUCUGCUAUUGCAGCCGCUGGCGUUGAAGGGCUUGUGUUUUGGUUCCUGUUUAUCAAGAAUCUCGAAUCCACCAGAACCCCUAAUUGUCCACGCUUCACCGACGAGGAUGCAGAGGAAUAUAUCCAGAAGUAUGGAAGCUCUCUUGUAGGUCCUGGUUACACCGUGAAGGACCUUUGGGAUGCCCGAGUCAAAGCCACAAUGGUCCCCUUGGAAGAGGGCGUUAUCAAAAAGUGGAGUCAUAAUCGGGUGGUGUUGAUGGGUGACUCAGUUCAUAAGGCGACAGUAAACCCUGGAUUAGGUGGCAACCUAGCCUAUGAGGGUAUCGCUAGGCUCACCAAUGGUCUUGUGCCUUUGCUGAAAGAGGACCCUUCACCGACACUUGAACAGUUGACCGAAGUUUUCGAUCAGUAUGUUGCCGGCCAGAUGCCCCGAGCGGAAACAGUCGUUGGUAUUUCCGGUCAAAUUACGCGAUACGAAGCCCAAGAGAGUUGGAUUCUCAAAUUUGCAGCCCGCCACAUCGUCCCCUACGUCAGUGACGGACUCAAGGCCAAGCUGUACUCCAGUUUCUCUAAAGGCGGACCUUGGUUGGAAUAUCUUCCCUUGCCAGCAAUAGAUGCAGAUCUGGUAAAAGCCGACAAGAAUUCGAGCAGGGGCGUCGCUGGAAAGUGGAUUGCUGGAACAAUCAUGGUGGGCACUGCUGCUAUCCUCUGGCAAACAUGCCGAGGUCUCUUCGUUGGCCAGAUCACCACCUAA